UUGUCGAGUCGUCGUCAGCCCAGGCGCAGAAAUCAUAGUAUACGAAAUCCAGUACGUUCAAGAUGGCGGCAAAGAGCGGUGGUGUUGUCGACUGGAAUGCAAUAAUAAAACCGAUUUUAUCGGUGUCUCAUGGAUCUUUUAACAAAACUGAUAUCAUUGAACUAGUCAAAGCCAUCGUCCAAAGCGAACAUGAAUUAUUUUCGCACGAUGACGAAUAUGAAGCUUUUUACUCAUGUUUUGCUGCGUUGGUUGCUGAUUAUCUCGGUUCCUGUGCAAAUACAUUUAACAAAAGUCAAGUACCGCUUGUUUGGCAAGCAUGUCAAAUUUUGUUGACAUACUUGAUGAGUAAAUUAACUCAGCAAAACUCACAAUCAAAUGACAACAUUUCACCAUUGAUAUUGACUACAAAGCAAAUACUUUUGCCAAUUCGAGCACUAUGCAUUGGUCAGUCAUUACUUGCCAAGUCUGAAGAGGUGGCUUUAGUUGCUAUAAUGAAAAAUUCAAAACUACCUCAAAAUGUAAAAAGUUCCCUUGAAAAAGGAAGUGGAGAAAAAGAUAGUUCUGUACAAUCUGGCAAAGAGGCUAAGAAAGUUCGCAAUGAUUUAUCUACUUGUAUUUUAGAACAGUUAACUAUGCCUUUGCAAGAUUUUGGUACUAUUAAUGACAGUACAUAUGACAAUGCAAACAAAGCUAAUUUUGAAGCACAAAGUAAUGAACAAGGAAAUGAAAUAAAGAUGAUGUUUAUUGCCAAUAACAUCAGUAUUUUGCAAAGUAUGGGUGCUGGAGAUACUCUCUUAUGUAUGUGUUCUAAUUUACCAAAUUUAUCCAGAUAUGCUAAAAAGUACCAAACGUACCUGAACAAAAAAGUUUUUUGUCUACCGGCUAAUCAAUCGGAUGCACACAUCAUAAGGCAUAGUCUUCACUCAGUUGUUAAUGAUAUUAAUAUAUUGCAUAAUGUUGUCUCUCUACCAAUAUUGGAACCAUUGACAUCUGCUAAAUUAGAAAAAUUAUCUUUACUUACAAUGUCUUGUCUGUAUUAUUCUGUUGCUAAUGCUAUAGCAUCAAGUAUUGUAUCAGUCACAAAUGCUACAUCUCCAAAAUGUAGUUCGAAUACCAAUGUUAAUCAACAAAACAAUCAGAAUGCCAAAAGUUUUGAAGAAGAAUAUGAUACAUUGGCUAUAAAUGUGGUUGAAAGAAGUUUGGAAAUUUUUAAUUUAGUUUCAAAUGUAAUCAAACACAGUACCAGAGCAGGAGGACAUAUCCUUCAAAAUCAUUUGCUGCUUGGAGUGUGGCUAUUGAAUAAUGGUUUACAAACUCAAAUAUCUCUCAGCAACGUUGAAAAAAAAGAAGAUAAAGGUAAAUCACCUAGCAAAUCAACUAGCAGUAAUACUCGAAUCAACCUAAUGAAAGUACAACAAGGUUUUGGUGUUUUAUCUGUGGCUUUGGCAUCUCAUGCUCUUACACUGAUGACUGCUUUACUCGAAGAUGUUUCUGUAGAGGCAGGGAUUGAGCAAACAACUCCACCAGAACAAGCUCCAUUAAAUAUUUUAGCUACAUCAACAGCUUUAGAAAGAGUGGCAACAUUGUUUCAAACAACAUCUUUGAAUCACCUUCUUUUUUAUCUAGCAACUAUAAGUUAUAGAAAAGCUUGUUCACUGAAAAGAGUAAUAAAGCAUACUUAUGAUGGCGAAACUACCAGUCAAUCCGAAACAUCAACAACUUAUUAUGAAGAUAUAUACAGUCUUUCUGAAAGUUCUACUGAUCAUGAAGAAGAUAGCGAACCGAUUCUAGGAUUAUGGUUUGAGGAAACUCUAGAUUCUUCUGAUGCACCACCAAAUACUGUUGCAAAAGAAACUACGGAGGAAUCAGCUGCAGAUCGUAGUGCAACUGUUGUCCCUGAUAAUCGUGAACCAAAUGGGUAUAUUUCUUUGGCUACGCAAAUAUUUCAAUUUAUGAAUUUACAUUUAAUUGGAAGUAAAAGUGCGUAUGUUAGAAAUUAUAUUGUGAAUGGAUUAGUUGAACAGCAAAUGGGGAUUCUUUCUACAAUCAUUAAAGAUCUAGAUCAUGAAGGAGCACGAGCCGAAUCAGGCACUAUUCCGUCAUUUUACGGCCCUGCCAUCGUUGCUAUGUAUACAGAAUUUUCGCAGGCCUUGAGUAGAUUUACUCACAAUCUUUUGGCUAGAAAUAAUCUCAGUGAAACAUUGCAAAACACAUUACUUCAUCAUUUAGGAGUAAGUCCAUGGUCAAAUGAAAACGCCAGUCCUUCAUCAUGGCCUUUGGAAGUUUACCCAAGAACUCUUAGUGCUUUAGCACAAAUACUUUUAUCCAAACCACAAUCUGAGAAAGAAGCAGCAUGUAUCAGUAUAUGGCAAAGAUUAAUUACAACAUUGGUUGAAAAUGUUUGCAAUCCUCCAGCAUCCUUCGAAACAGAAUAUGAUGACCUCAAUGUUGAACACGCACAAUUUGUUAUUUUUCUUUUCCAUUCGCUAAAUUUGAUGCAGAAGAAAUCUGUCCUUCUUGUAACAGCAGGAGGAGUUGUAAGAUGUAGCGAAAUUACUAAAAGCACAAUGAAAGAGUCUCAAACUAUGCAUCUAUCAAGAAUACUUUUAUUAUUAGAAUAUAUGAUGAAGCAUCUUUACGAUGCUCCUUCUAGUUUGUUGGAACAAGUUCAAUGGAAUUUAUUUUCGGCCACAAGCUUGAUAUCUGAUGCAAAAGAAGGCAAUAAACCAAACUCAAGAAUUUAUACGCCAUGGAAAGAAGUAGAAGAUUUCUACCGUAAAUAUGGAUUGCACGACGAAAUCAUAUUAAGACCUAGAUUUUAUAAUCUCACUGUACAUGAUUUUAACAACCAAGAUACUCCCAAGCUCGAUGGACUGGCAUGUAAUUUUAUAUUGGGCACUGCAGAUAAACUAAAAUAUCCACUGCUGAUUGAUGCCCUCAUCGACAUUCUAAACAUUCUUAACCAAUUGAGUAUACCAAGAAAACGUGCUCCUGAUGGCCGAAAUAAACUAAAUGCCACUUUUAUGUGCGGAAUACAAUAUACUUUUUCUAUAAGUUGGAGGUUGCUGCUUAUAUUACCACCAUCUACUCCGUACAUGGAUAAACUGGCUCUUGGUGAAGAAAUUCCAGCUGGUCCUCUUUUAUUACACUCUUUAAUUUGGGGCCCUCGAGCAGCUUACAAAACAUUUACCGGUUGGAUGAAAGACUGUUUAGUUAAACAAGGGAUGUACACUCAAUAUGCUGAGAAUUUAUUGAAAACUGUUUCAACGACUGUAAAUAAUUUAAAAUACAACGUGACGCUCGCCAAAAAUUGCAUAACAACAUUGAAACCACCAAUAAAUUCAAAAGAUGCAAUUGUGCCACUUGCGACCAUGCCAAAAUUAAUUUCUGUUACCAUUUUAUCGGCGGUAAUUGGCCAAUUACAUGUUUUAAUGGAUGAAACUAUCUGGAAAUCUGGUAAUGGAAGCGAUAUUAUAGAAUCACCAAACAAAGCACCUCCAACACCGGAUUCUGCUGUUACAAAUAAUGUGAACAAACUAAUUAUGGAAAUUUUACCUCCCUUGGUUUCACUAACGGAAGCAUUGCUAGCUUGUUGUAAGUCGAAUGUUUUGUACGAAAUUGAAGCGACAUGUGUCGGUAAAAAAUAUUCAAUGAGAGAUUUCCAUCUAUUAAAUGAGGUGAUCAGUAUGAGUAGUAGCUUGAGUUUAAUAGCUGAUGCUUCGUUGAUUAAUCUAACAUUCAGCACUGUUAACACAUUCUUAACAAGAUUCAGAGUAAUGGAUGUAGCUCAUGUUCCUUGGAAUACCUAUGCCAAUGACAUUGUUCCCGCAGAAAGCUAUGUUCUAGCCACUAUAGAAAAUCAUGUUAAUAUGAUUCCAAUGUAUGGUAGUUUUUCAAUAAAUCCAUCUUUGAAAAAUCUGUUAUUCACGAUAGUUACAUUCCUCAUGGAAUACGUUAAUACUACCACUUGCCCUGAAGAAUCCGAAAUACGUACCAAAGUUAUCGAUCUUCUUAUUUCGCUUACAAUGGAUGCAAGGUUCGAGUACUUGAGUGAAAUGGCACAGAAGCCACUUAAUAUUUUAGUUGGUGAUCGUGACCAAGAAGCACGUCAAUUACGUGAUCAUUUAAACAUAUUAACACGAACCUAUAACGUUAUAAUCGGUUAUACCAACAACGCCGAUGAGCCUCUCAUGAUACAAUUUGAUAUCAUGAUUCUGAAGCAUUGUAUAAAAUAUUGGGAAAAGUUACUUGAAAAACCAGUUGGAUGUAAAGCUCUGCAUGAAUUUUUCACAAGUGACAGUAACCGCACACUGGCAUCUAUUCUUUUAUCAGUGGCAUCGCCGCAUGCAUCACCAGAAUUCAGCAAGCACGUAUUACACUUUUUCAAUAAACUAUUCACAACUGCUGAAAAAGAUAAUGAUGAAUCACUCGACCGAUUAUGCAGAUCAGUUGCUAAUUUACCAAAUGUAGAUCGUGAAAAAUUACAAACAUGGUUGGCCCAUGUUAUACUUGGUUCGGCUAAUUUAUCUUCAAGCACAUGUUCAGCAAACAUUACUGAACUUUAUAUUUCAGCGCCAGCGGAAAUAUCAGCUCCAGAAACUUCAUCACCUGCUGCUUCCGAAGAAACUCAAAAACCCGAAGUCCCUAACGAUGUAGUUAACAAUGAUCAAGCUUCGAAUCAAUGGCAGGCCUUGCUAACUACUUCAGAAACGACUGCCCCUAAUAAUCUACCAUCGAUCUCGACCUCAUCAUCGGAAGAACAACAAACAAUGCAGCAAAAUAAUCAGUUACUUCGAUCGCUCACAAAUUACAUUGUUAAAGAAAACGAUAAUUCAGCUGAUGGAAAAUCGGUUGUUAUGCUCCAAGCUCUUAUUCCUAUUGCUUACCGAAAGUUGUCAAGUGCGGCUGAAGGCGUUAGUUUUACUGACUUGAUGCAAGUCAUGUUUACACUAGCUGAUUCUGGAUCAGACAAAGGUCAUACUAUUCUUUUCCAAGCUGCAAUUGAAUGGAUUGAUAUUUGCAAGAAAAAGUUACUUGGUGAAGAUCCCGAAAAUCUCGAUUCUAAAUCGUCGUCAUACAUCGAAGCUGGAUGUUGCGUAUUAAACUACGUUGCCGAUAUAGUAAAUGCUGUAUGCCCACAAAAUCAGUUUAAUGAACGUGAGCGUGCCCUUUCACCACCGUGGGAAGGUGCCCAACCUGUUAACGAUGUCACAGAUAGCGAUUGGAUCGAUGAAAUAGCCCAUGACGAAGAAGAAAGUGGUGCUGAAGAUUCUGACGAGGAUAGUCUGUGCAAUAAAUUGUGCACCUUUACUAUAACUCAAAAAGAAUUCAUGAACCAGCACUGGUAUCACUGUCACACUUGCAACAUGGUCGAUGGAGUUGGCGUUUGUUCGAUAUGCGCCAAAGUGUGUCAUCGUGGCCACGAUGUCACAUACGCAAAAUACGGUAAUUUCUUUUGUGAUUGUGGAGCAAAGGAAGACGCAUCAUGCCAGGCUUUGGUUAAAAGAAGUCCUCAAAAUUCUGAACAGCCACAAAAUAGUAGUACUUAUAAUACUAGCUCGAGCAGUGAAAAUAUGAUGUUGCCAAGUAGUUUAAGAAGAAGAGCUGCUAGUCCAGUUCAUUAUAGUGAAAAAUAUGACAAGAGUGGCAAGGACAAACAAAAACAACUAGCCUUAGCUAAACAAUUGGAAGGGUCGAAAGAUUGGGUUCUAUCUAAAUUAUGGGACAGUGGUCUCGUUUCAUCAUUGGUUGAACUAAUACGUACUCUGAUACCUGCAGUCGUUGCAUCUUGCAAUAAAUUCUCACCUGUUGGCUGCCAUGCACGAGCUCAAGCGGCUCUCUCGCAAUUGCACUAUCUAAAAAAGAAGUUUGAACAUACCGAUCAGCUCAUGGUACAUUUGCCUACAUUGGGAUCUCAAGAAGGAGCGUUCGAAAAUGUGAGAAUGAAUUAUUCUGGUGAUCAAGGUCAGACAAUACGACAACUUUUGUCAGCUCAUAUGAUACGCAGAGUGGCUAUGUGCUGCUUAUCUUCACCUCAUGGAAAACGUCAACAUCUUGCUGUAUCUCACGAAAAAGGCAAGAUUACAGUUCUUCAACUUAGUGCCCUUCUCAAACAAGCCGAUUCAUCGAAACGUAAAUUAACUCUUACUCGAUUGGCUUCUGCACCAAUCCCAUUCACCGUACUAUCUAUGACGGGAAAUCAAUGGAAUGAAGAUUUUCUCGCAGUGUGUGGUCUUAAAGAUUGUCACGUUCUGACUUUCAAUAGUUCAGGAACUGUAUCUGAUCAUUUGGUAUUGCAUCCUCAGCUCGAAACUGGUAAUUUCAUUAUCAAAGCCAUUUGGUUGCCAGGCUCGCAGACUCAAUUAGCAUUAGUUACAGCUGAUUUUGUCAAAAUAUAUGAUCUUAGUAAAGAUGCUUUAAGUCCACAGUAUUAUUUCCUUGUGCCAACGGGAAAAAUUCGCGAUUGUACCUUUAUUUAUACGGAAAGUGGCGAAUUCCAUCUUUUGCUUAUGUCAUCAGCUGGUUAUAUUUAUAAUCAAGUUAUGGACGAAGAUAGUCAGGCUAAACAUGGACCUUUCUAUGUAACUCACACUCUCGAUGUUUUCCAUCCUGACAUCAAAGAUAAUGGACAAGUUUGUGGUGGAGGAGUUUCUAUUUACUAUUCCCAUGCACUGCAGUUGUUAUUUUUCAGCUAUACCAAUGGUAAAAGCUUCGUUGCUCCUCUCAAGUAUGUCGAUGAUAUCGACCUUGUUAAUUUAAUCCAAAUAUCUUCAAAUAAACUUAAUGGAGGAAAUAGCAGUGGGGGUGGUAAUAAAUCAAAUAGCAAUCAACCUCAACCACUUUGUCAAUGGAGCGAAGUUCCAAAUCAUCCUGGCUUGAUUUGUUCAGUUUUGCAAAUAUCCAACAAUCCUGUUAUUCUUAUGAUAAAACCGGAAACAAUAUCAAUUCAAGAAAUAAAGGUUGUUCCAGCUAAAGCUAAAAUUAUGGACAUGGUAGCUAUUAGGCAUCCAAGCUCCAAUGCUGAGCAUCGAACGACUUUGAUUUUACUCUGCGAGGAUGGUAGUUUACGAAUUUAUAUGGCUGCAAUGGGUCAGACUGGUUAUUGGAUGUCUUCAAGUGUCCAACCAAUUGGUCCUAAUACAUCCUUGAAACAAACUAAAAAGAAAAAAACAAUGAAAACCGGUAAAAUGAAUUCCGGAUCAGUUAAUUUCCCGAUUGAUUUUUUCGAAUACUGUCAAGCUAUGAACGAUCAUGAGUUCGGUGGUAAUGAUUUGCUACAAGUUUACAAUGUGACACAAAUAAAAAAUAGGCUUAACACCACUGGCAUGUACGUUGUUUCAACAAAAUCGAUGGGUUUCAACAUUGAAGUGACAAACAACGAUACUUCCUCGGUUAUCACAGGAAUACGAGUACAACUUGGUAGUCAAGAUAUUCAGCGCGCACCCAUGUACGUUGAAGUUUUUGGAAGAAGUGUCAGAACGAUUUUGACAAGAAGUCGGUGGUUCGAUAUACCAUUAACUAGAGAAGAAAGUUUACAAGCUGAUAAAAAACUCACGAUAACAUUUGGUCCUUCGCAAGAUCCUGAAGGUGUAAUUAUGGUGGACUCAAUCAAAAUUUAUGGAAAAACUAAAGACGCAUUCGGCUGGCCUGAAGAAUCUGAAGAUAUACCCUCAACGCAGGGUGUACCUACCCAAGCUACUACUGGAGUUUCUUCUGUAACCGAUAAUACCGAAAAUCCAACAGUUUCUCCUACACCACUGCCAGCUGUUGAUAAACCAACUAAGGAUGAAUCGAUUAAUAUCGAAAGAAUGGUUUCUAGCGUACUUGAUGUCUUAGAAUAUUCAUUCACGCUAUCGAAUGAUGAUUCCAAAUCUGAACUGAAGCAAAGUGCCAUUGAAGUUGCUUCCAAACUUUUAACUUUGCCAACACCACCUCCAGUGCAAAUGCAUACAACGGCUCUUUUAUCAGCCUUACAUGUCUCAAAACCGCAGUAUCACGCCCAUAAAGAUCAAGUACUUUUGAGUCAUGUUAUGGAUGUCUUGAAAUUAAUGCGUGAGACUGAAGAUCCUAAUGAUAUUGAUGCGGAAAAUUUCUAUCGGCUGGUAUUGAUUGUCCGUGGCAUAGCUGUAACUCGUCCACAUAAUUUGCACAAGUUUGCCGAACAAAAUUACACAAGACCGUAUGACGCUAGCAUAAUACCUGUAUACGAGCAUGAACGUCUAGCAUAUCAGAUUCAGUACCAAAACAAUUUUGAGACUCCACACCUUAUGCUUCAAUUAAUGGAAGUCAUGUGGCUCUUACAUUGCGCUUAUCCAAAGAAUCUGGCAUUGGCCCCUGUAGUAGUACCAGGCUUAACACACACCGAUGCUGUGGUUCAUGCUAUUAUCGAAAUAAUUCAUGCUUUUACAAUUUGCGAUAUGAAUGGUUUUGCACCGAUAGCCGCCAAGCUUUAUCUUCAAUUGCUACUGUGUUGCGAUACUGCCAUAAGCUUCAAUGCUAAACAGGCUAUUAUCAAAGUCCUUCGACCAAGAUACAAAAGACGCAGAGUUCAUAUUCCCAGUCCACCUCAUUUCAAUAUCAGCUCCGAUGUUGAUAAAUCCCCAGUUUCACAACCACAGCCUCAACAACCACCACCGCCACCACCACCAGCCGUUGCUUCAGUUGAAAACGAGGCUGAUGAGAAUUUCGAUGUUGACAAUGUUGUUUCGAUGGUACUACUCGGUGCAGAAGCUGCAGCAGCAGCGGCAGGAAACCAAGGAGAUGGAGGGGCUGCAGCCAAUAAUUUCCUCCAAUUACUUGACAUGCCACAAGCCGAAGAUGACGAGGCCAUGGUCGAGCUCGCGAUUGCUCUCAGUCUUCAAGAGCACGAAGAUGGUCCGGGUGCAAAUGUAGGUGCUCCUCUACCAGCAUUGAUACCUGGCCUUGAGGGACUGCAAAAUUUCGGUGGUCAAGCGUUGCAGAGCUUACAGGCAUUAGCUGCCCAAGUGCAAGUCCAACAGGCUGCACAAGUGCAAGAGGCUGGUCAUUAUUCGGACACCACAGCGUCAGCUGCUGGUUCCGACGAUGAAGGUUCUACUGCUGCGACUGAUGGAAGUACUUUAAGAACUUCCCCAGCCGAGCAAGGUGGAAGUGGUGGUAGCAAAGGCAGUGAAAGUGGUAGCAGCGAGAGUGGUGGCAGUGCCGUUGAUAGUAUUAUGGGCGAACAUAAUGUUUCUGGACGCAGUUCAGCUUACGGUGAUGCCCAAAAUGAUGGUGUUUUAAACACUAGUGGACAAUCUAAUCAGCAAUCACGUUCGGAAACUGGAUUGGUUAAUAUACCUUCCGUUUCUUCUGUACAAGAUGGAAGUAAUGAACAAGGGGCAGGCAAUGAACCAGAGAAUGAUUUCGUCGGUGAAGUAACAGCUAAUUUACACGACGUUCGAUUAGUGAUUCUUGAUAAAUUGACGGAAUUCUUACCAAAUUUGGUUAGCGUACCCGGCGUUCAAGUUAUUCCAUUCAUGCAGGUUCUUCUCAUGUUGACUUCAGAUCUGGAUGGUUCAGACGAGAGAGAUCGAACAUGUUUUGAAAAACUUUUGAAUUAUUUCGUUAAAGAACUCAAUUUAGAAAACCCUGUAGUCACAGACGUAUGUCAGCGAUCUAGUAAGAGAGAGACACAUCUGGUUAUAAUGCGAUUAUUGAGUGUUCUAAUGUCAAGAUCCAAGUACAAUCCCAAAAGUCAAGCUGAAACUUCUAACUUUAUAUCACAAACUACUGCAUCAGUUCUCAAUAAAUCUGGUGUUAUCAAUUAUUGCUUAUGUUUAUUGAAAGCUUUAAUUGAGUAUUGGAAAACUGUUAACACCGAUGACACGGGCACUGUUAUUGGAGGACAACUUCUGAAAGAACAUCUUUCAACAUCGCCUCCAGAUAUGUCUCCAUUCUUCUUACGCUUAUAUGUUAAAGGGCACGCGAACGAUGUUUUUGAGCCAUAUCCUCAAUUAUUGACGGAAAUGGCUUUAAGAUUACCUUAUCAAGUUCAUAAACACGCAGAAUCAAAUAGUGCCUCACCUGCUUUUGAUCAGAAAUCUUGGUACUAUUAUUUGUGCGAAUAUAUGAUGACCUAUCAAACGCCAUUUGUCCGACGUCAGGUCAGGAAAUUAUUAUUAUUCAUUUGCGGAAACAAAGAAAAAUAUAGACAAUUACGAGAUCUUCACGCAUUAGUAUCUCAUGUUAAAGCCGUUCAACAAUGUUGCAGUAAUGGUGGUUACGACCCGUCAGAGCCUAUGCCGCUCACAAUUAACUUGCCGUAUGAUUCUUUAGUUGAACUUAUUGAACAUCUGAAAUGCUGUGUCGAAAUAGCUACUAGUCGAACUGGAAAUUGGCAAAGAUUUUGCAUUAAGCACAGUACCGUGUUAUCGUACUUGUUUACGAUUUCGACUCUAUUGGACGAAGGUGUUAGUCCGACUGUAUUGCAACUGUUGCAGUGUGCCAUAUGUUCUUCGUCCAAAUCUAAGGACGUAAAGAGCAAGGUUCGUAUAGCUAAUACUAAAAAAUCAAGUACAAGUCCUAAGGAAAUAAAAUCAGCUUUAAAUAAUAAAGAGAGACGUGAUAGAGAAAAAUCGGAAGAUUCCGAUACCGACGCUAAAUUUGAAGAAACUCAAAGUGUCAAUUUAGUCGAACAAAUACAAAAGCAAGUCUCACCACAGUUGCUUGUCAAAUUUAUACAGACAUUCUUAUUAGAAACAAAUAAUACGAACAUUCGUUGGCAAGCUCAUUCACUUAUUUUAGCAAUUUACAAAAACUCAAAUCCCACUGAUCAAGAAAGUAUUCUUGAUCAUCUUUGGAAACUGUGGCCUCAACUUCCAAUUUACGGUCGUAAAGCAGCUCAAUUUGUCGAUAUUAUCGGAUAUUUCUCACUAAGAACUCCACAAAAUGGAAAUAAAAUGAAUUCAUAUAUGGAGCAAGCUGUAGCAGUUUUAUGUGCUCAAAAUCAACUGCUGUCCCGGCAUCCAAACGCCAAUCUUUACUCAAAUCUUGCUCAAUUUGUUGAACUGGAUGGGUACUACUUGGAAAGUGAGCCAUGCUUGGUGUGCAACAAUCCAGAAGUACCCAUGAUAACCAUCAAAUUGUCUUCCAUCAAAGUCGAUUCUAAAUUCACGACAACUACGCAAAUAAUAAAAUUAGUUGGCAGUCACACGAUCAGUCGAAUAACUUUACGUAUUGGAGACUUAAAGAGAACAAAAAUGGUACGUUCGAUAAAUGUGUAUUACAAUAAUAGAACAGUACAGGCAGUGGUUGAGCUGAAAAAUAAACCAGCGAUGUGGCAUAAAGCUAAAAAAAUUGGUCUGAUUCAAGGACAAACAGAAGUAAAAAUGGAAUUUCCAUUACCAAUUGUAGCAUGUAACUUGAUGAUUGAAUAUUCUGAUUUCUACGAAAACAUACAAGCUUCAUCGGAAACUCUUCAAUGUCCUCGUUGUUCAGCCAGUGUACCCGCUAACCCAGGUGUGUGUGCUAACUGUGGUGAAAACGUAUAUCAAUGUCAUAAGUGUCGAGCAAUUAACUACGACGAGAAAGAUCCAUUUUUGUGUCACGCUUGCGGGUUUUGCAAGUACGCUAAAUUCGAUUACACUUUGACCGGCAGACCAUGCUGCGCCGUUGAUCCAAUUGAGAGUGAUGAAGAUCGUAAAAAGACCAUUGUAACUAUCAACACUUUGCUCGAUAAAGCUGAUCGAGUUUAUAAAACACUAAUUUCUAACAAACCAAACCUAGAAAUGUUACUUGUGAAGAUAUCCGACCACCGUUUGGACCGUUUCCUUGACGAAGCUACAGCUCCUCAGAGUGCUAAUUCUGGUACCAGUACCCAAGUUAACCGAGCUAUUCAAUUGCUAGCUCAAAGAUACUGUGGUGAGUGUAAGACAUCUUUUGAGGAAUUAAGCAAAAUCAUUCAGCGAGUUUUAGCAUGUAGACGUGAGCUCGUUGCCUAUGAUCGUAAUCAACGUGGUCAGAGCCAAGGUCAGCAGCGCUCAAUGAGCUUAACUGGCAGCGAGCAAACAUUGUCGGUGGAACAAAAAUCAGGCUCGACACCUGUGGUCGGAAGAUGCUAUGGCUGCGCUUCAUCUGCUACGGAGUACUGCUUGACUUUACUCCGAGCUUUAGCAACUAAUACAGCUGCUCGAGAAGUACUAUGCAAGCAAGGCCUUAUUCAAGAGCUUAUCGAGCAUAAUCUUCGUCGUGGUACCGUACUGAUACAAGAAGAAGUACGGCAGCUCUUAUGUCUGGUGACUCGUGAUAAUGCACAGUCAACUAAGGAACUGUGUUCGCUUCUGACAAAUCGAGUAACCAUGACUUUACGCGGACGAGUAGUUACAUCUGAUUUAUCAACGGCUGUUCGUCAUGAAAUGGCCCUGCUAGGCGCGCUUAUUCAAAAAGAGGACAGCUGCUGGGAGCAGAAGUUGCGAUGCGUCAUGCAGCUCUUCCUGAUGGCUUGCAAAGAUUCUAAGAGUCCCGUGGUUAUGGAGAGCAUUAUUUUGCCGUGCCUUAAGAUUUUACAGUGUCUCUUGAAACCUGAGCAGCCUAUUUCGAAAAAAAAUAAAGACAAAACGAUAGACUCGCUGGCAACGGUACAACCGCCCGAAGGUGUGAGUAUUGAUCUCGCCAAGUGGCUCAACGGAGAACCUAAGCAUACCUACAAUGAGUGGAUUCAAAGAAUGCCCAAUAAAAAAAUCGAGACAAAAGAAAACAAACCACUGAAAAAAGAAGAAGCUCGAGUUUUGUAUCUUAGCGAAAAGUAUGGUCAGCGCUGGUACUAUCGUUGUUUACGGCUUCGCGGUGUUCAACCUUUGCGUCUAGCGAAUGGUUCUUGGUUGAAAGAAGUAAUUUUCAAUCCUAGCUCCCGCCUCGCACGUCAAGUCGUAUGCAAUAUGGUUGAAAAUCUUUGCCAAGGUACCGAGCGUAAAAAGGAAGUACUUUUAUUACUCACAAGUUAUCUCGAUGAACUGUGCACCGCUGGCGAGAGCAGUGCUGAGUAUUUGACGUUAUUCCAGAAUCUUAUUCGUCAAGGUCCUUGGAAACAGUUCCUAGCCGUGCGUGGCGUUCUCAACACUUUAGCAGAUCUGCUUAGUAGAGAAAUAGCAGAGUUGCAUAGGCUAGAAGAGACAACACUGACCAGUGAUUUAGCACAAGGUUACUCGCUGAAAAUGCUCACCGAGCUCUUAGCCACGUUUCUCGAUCAAGAAAAUAUCAAGCAGCACUAUAAAGGUCGUUUAGUCGGUGCCGUCCUUAAUGGAUAUCUAUCUUUGCGCAGACUUGUCGUUCAACGCACUCGAUUAAUCGACGACACGCAAGAGAAAUUGCUAGAAUUGCUAGAAGAGAUGACCACUGGAACAGAAGAGGAGACCAAAGCUUUUAUGGCUGUUUGUGUUGAAACAGCCAAAAAAUACAGUCCAUUAGAUACACGUACACCUGUGUUUAUAUUCGAAAGACUGUGUUCGAUCAUCUAUCCUGAGGAGAACGAUGUAGGCGAAUUUUUCCUAACUUUGGAGAAAGACCCACAGCAAGAAGACUUUCUGCAAGGCCGUAUGUUGGGUAAUCCUUACAGUAGCUUAGAGCCUGGCUUAGGUCCUCUUAUGCGCGACGUCAAAAAUAAAAUUUGUCAAGACUGCGAAUUGGUCGCUCUACUUGAGGAUGAUAAUGGAAUGGAACUGCUAGUCAACAAUAAAAUCAUCAGUUUAGAUUUGCCAGUAAAAGAAGUUUAUAAGAAGGUGUGGGUCAUGGAAGGUGGCGAGUGCGAUGCAAUGCGCGUCGUGUACCGCAUGAGAGGUUUGCUUGGGGACGCUACCGAAGAAUUUGUUGAAACUCUAAACGCCAGCAGCGAGCAAGAAGUCAACAAUGAGGAAGUGUACAAGAUGGCGAAUGUGUUGGCAGAUUGUGGUGGUUUGCAAGUAAUGAUUGAGCGACUCGCCGCGAUUCAAGAUGUCAACAGGGCUAAACCAUUGCUGCAAGUUUUGUUGAAGUUAUUCAGGCUAUCGGUGAAAGUCAAGAAAAAUCAAGAGGUCCUGAGUAGACCUGAACUGGGUGCAGUUACAGCUCUUCUCGAUGUGUUGCAGAGAUGUCUCGCCGCGGAUGUUGAUAAUUCGCAAUCUAAAGUGACCGAGCAAUUACUCGAUAUAAUGGAAACAAUACUAGGAAACGCAGCCGCACAACCUCUCAAUAAAUUUGAAGAAUUCUCUCGAACGCUCGGAAGUCCCGAACACGUUAAAGCCCUCUUAUCAUGCACACAAUCGUCCGCUGUUCGUCAGAGCGUUAGCGUCUUGCAACAUUUGGCGCGCGUUCUUGCUGCACUGACUUAUGGCAAUAAGGAAAAAAUGACUCUCCUGUGCGAUUACUUUAAACCUGUGUUGAAUUUUUAUAAAUUCGAUUUUGAACAUACUCCAGAAGAUGAGCAGAAGAUGGAGCUGUUUUGUGUUUUAACUCAGGGUAUCGAGCGCAAUGCCAUUGGUAACACCUUGAAAGAUCACAUGAUGGAAAUGGGAAUCGUAAAAGAUGCCUUUGAGUACAUCACGUUUCAUGCUCCUUGCGUUAAACCAACAUUGCUUCGAACUGAUAGUGACGAAUUGAAGGAGUUCAUAUCGAAACCUGCUUUAAAGUAUAUUCUUCGAAUCCUCACGGGAUUAGCUUCGGAUCACGAGCCGAUUCAAUUAGCAGCAUCACAAUUCACCAUAAGCAUUAUCCAUCGAUUAGAACAAGUAUCGUCAAACGAGCACGUUGGAUCUUUAGCAGAAAAUUUGCUUGAAGCUUUGUGUACUAAUAAGCAAGUAGCCGAGAUGAUUGAAGAAGCACGCCAACAUACCCGCAGCGAAAAGAAACGAAUGGCCAUGGCCAUGAGAGAGAGACAACUCGGGGCUUUGGGUAUGCGCACGAACGACAAGGGACAGGUGACUGCUAGUGGUACAAUAUUGCAACAAAUGGAAGAUUUAGGUGAUGAGACUGGUCUCGUCUGCGUUAUUUGUCGUGAAGGAUAUAAAUUCAAGCCUGCCAUGGUUUUGGGAAUCUACACGUUCACCAAACGCUGCAACGUCGAAGAAUUUGAAACUAAACAGCGAAAAACGGUUGGAUACACAACUGUAUCGCAUUUCAACGUUGUUCACAUUGAGUGUCACAUGUCGGCUGUUCGUCUAGCUCGAUCUCGCGACGAGUGGGAAAGCGCGGCCCUACAGAACGCCAAUACCAAAUGUAACGGGCUGCUGCCACUUUGGGGUCCUCAAGUGCCUGAAUCGGCCUUUGCCAGUUGUUUGGCGAGACACAAUACGUAUUUGCAGGAAUGCACUGGUCAUCGUGACAUAUCUUAUUCCUCGACUGUGCAUGACUUGAAACUUUUAUUGCUGAGAUUUGCUCAAGAAAAGAGUUUCCACGAUGAUACUGGUGGAGGUGGACCACAAUCAAAUCUUCAUAUCAUACCGUAUCUGAUUCACAUGGCUCUCUACGUUAUCAACACAACGAGAUGUUCGUCGAGGGAAGAAAAAAUACUCAUGUCUUACAUGGAAUCAUCGCCUAACUCUACGUGGCUUGAUAACUGUUAUGAGGCCGAAGGUCCUCUGUAUCAUUGUACAUUGGCCAUGUUAAUUUUAUCACCUGCCCGCUGGAGUCAGUAUAAAUUAAUGCAUCUUCGAAGACUGAUACUGAUGGCUCAGCAAAGAUACGUCUCUCCAUCGUCAACGUCUAAAACGCUUUCCGAUACCAGCGUAAAAGAUUACUCGGUCUAUAAGAGUGUUCUGAUAUUUUUCGGACUUGUUGACUGCAUCUACGAACAUUUCUUCAAGAAAGUAAAUGUUACAACCGAUGAUCAAUGGCCAGUUGCUUUGGCGGAAUAUAUUAGACACAAUGAUGAAAUGCUUUUGAAAGCCUCUGAAAAAAUUCUUGCGGCUUAUCGAGAUGAGUUGUUGCCUUGUGCCAGUUUUGAUGAAUUUUGCGAUGUUUUGGGACUUCUUGAAGAAAUAGCUGAUCCACCAUCAUUUUUAGCUGACGCUUUACAAAGCCUCGCUUAGUGUCCGAGCAUUUUCUCACAAUUUUUUUAUUUAUAAAUAAAAAACAAUCGUACGAAUAAUCAGUAGUAACAAACACUCUGAGGAAGUAAUUUUUUAUCUAUCAGCUUUCAUUAAUAAUUGUGAUAGAAACCAAACCUAUAAAAUACAUGGAGAAUAAAGUAUAAAAACUCGAAGCGUCGAGUCGUGGUGAUGCAUUCUAUAAAAAAGAUGACGAAGUACUUUGUAUAAACUGUAAAACAAUGAUUUUUCUUUUUCGUUAUUUUACUAAUAAUAAAAAAUUGAAUAAAUUACGUGUGUGUGAACCAUGCAUCACGCGUUUAAGGUUUGUUACUGUGCUUAUAUAAUUAUUGAUAAAAAAUUAAUAAAAAAUGUGUAAUAUUA